UACUAUGCGAUCUGCUGCCAGCCGCUGGUGUACAGGAAUAAGAUGACUCCCGUCAGAGUGGCCCUAAUGCUGGGGGGAUGCUGGGUCAUCCCCUCCUUCAUCUCCUUCCUUCCCAUCAUGCAAAGCUGGCAUGCCAUAGGCAUAGAGGACAUUGUAAGUCUAUAAGCAGCUGUGGCCAGCCUGUCUGUCUGAUGGUUCUACUAUAGACAGAGGCGUGCUCUGUAGUAUAAAUCAUUUGAUCUAAUGUUUUGAACUACCAUAAAUCGUUUUGUUGAUCCUUGAAAAUGUGAAGAGGAUAGAUGUUAAGCGAAGGACACGUGGUUAAACCAACAAGCAUUACAUUUUUUAUUUGAAUAACAUUUCAAGUUCAUUGAAUGGUGUUGUAGUAGUCAGAAAACAAUUGUACUAUUCACAGCCCUUUUCAGCUACAAGCAUAACAGAUCAAACUGGAGACCUAUGUUUGUAUAGUUGUUUUAUGUUUUGACAUGGUGCUGAUUUUGAGCUGCUUGGAUCAUGAACUGUUCAUGCAUCAAGCUCUUUGGGGAGUGCAAACACACAAGCCCUCUUUUAGUUCUAAAAAUAGUACUAUGACUCAUUGUUUCACCUUUGACACCUGAAAAAACAUAUCUCUGUCAAAUGAUGGCACUGAUGUUUGUUUACAAAAUUCAAAUUACCCAUAUACACUGACUGUAUAAAACAUUAGGAACACCUUCCUAAUAUUGAGUUGCAGGCCCUUUUGCCCUCAGAACAGCCUCAAUUCAUCGGGGCAUGGACUACAAGGUGUCAAAAGCGUUCCACAGUGAUGCUGGCCCAUGUUGACCCCAAUGCUUCACACAGUUAUGUCAAGUUGGCUGGAUGUCCUUUGGGUUGUGGACCAUUCUUGAUACACACGGAAACUGUUGAGCGUGAAAAACCCAGCAGUGUUGAAGUUCUUGUCACACUCAAACCGGUGCGCCUGGCACCUACUACCAUACCCCGUUCAAAGGCACUUAAAUAUUAUGUCUUGCCCAUUCACCCUCUGAAUGGCACACAUAAACAAUACGUCUCAGUUGUCUCAAGGUUUACAAAUCCUUCUUUAACCUGCCUCCUCCCCUUCAUCUACACUGAUUGAAGUGAAUUUAACAGGGGAAAUCAAUAAGGGAUCAUAGCUUUCACCUGGAUUCACCUGGUCAGUCUGUCAUGGAAAGAGCAGGUGUUCCUAAUGUUUUGUACGCUCAGUGUAAGUGCCUUCCAAGUGCACUCAACCAUCCUAGGCUAAAGCUACCACUACCAUUUACAUAGACAUAAACACCCAAGAGAAUUCCAGGCACACAGCCUCUUGCACUGAGAUCUAAACACUGGAGUCAGUGCUGAGCACAAUCCACAGCUACCAGUUUAUGAACACAAAUAAUAUUAUAUGUCAACGUCUACCCGUUCAAAGUUUGUUUUAAGAGAGUCAGUGAAAUGGGCAGAAGGCAAUCGUUACACUCUCAGUUGAAGGGGACACAAGUGUGUCACUAUUCCAUGUGGAUGUGGAUACAACAGAACGUGCACGCCUCUUCCUGUAUGUGGAUCUGCUUGUUCAUUGAUUGUUCUCUCUCUGCAUGCUGUCUGUCUCCAGAUUGAGGAGAGGAAGUUCAACAGCAGCAGCAACAAGACCAACUGUGUAUUCGUGGUGAACCGUCCGCAUGCUCUCAUCUGCUCCACUGUGGCCUUCUACGUUCCCCUGGGCCUCAUGGUCCUGGCCUACCAGCGCAUCUACAUCACCGCCAUGGGCCACGCGCGGCAGAUCGGCACGCUGCAGCGGGCAGGCUCCGCCCACUACUCGGCGCCCCCUCAUCACUACCUCAGCUCCGAGCAGCAGGGCUCCAACCGCAUGCGCAUCGAGACCAAGGCUGCCAAGACCCUGGCUGUCAUCAUGGGCUGCUUCUGCCUCUGCUGGGCCCCCUUCUUCAUCACCAAUGUGGUGGACCCCUUCAUCCACUACAGUGUGCCCUGGCAAAUGUGGACCGCCUGGCUGUGGCUUGGCUAUAUUAACUCUGGCCUUAACCCCUUUCUCUACGCUUUCCUGAACAGGGCCUUCAGACGGGCCUUCCUCAUGGUACUGUGUUGUGGUGAUGAGAGACACGUACGCCAGAGGAGCUACGGCCCCACCAGACGCUACUCUGGAUCCGUCAACGGGACCUCCAUCGCACUCAGGUAA